GUCAAUGAUUACUAUAUUAAAACGCAAAAGACAAUAAUUAACCAAAUGUUUUGGUUAAACAUAUUGUACUAGAAUUGCUUAACCAAGGCAAAAACAUAUAGUUAAGGAACCAAAGAAGUCAAAGCAUAGUCCAAUUCCAGGAACGGCAAAAGAUAAAGGUAGAGAGACUAUCCCCAUCUUCUUCUGUCCAUAUACAAACUAUUCAAGGAAAUGAGUUUGAAGAUUUGCCUCCUCGAAUGGAUGUUUCUUGGUUGUUGUUGCUUUAACCAUCCCUUGCGGAACAGGAGAGCUGCCCCAAAGAGAAUUGUCAGAGGCUUACAAUUCCUCCUUCCUAUAUAUCCAGUGCGUAUUUUGUCAAAAAUAUGGGCAGCCUGCAUGCCAAGCUCAUUGGAUUCUCUUCUGACAUGUUCAGUUCUGGAUUCCUGGAAAGCUUUCAGCCUGGCUUUCGCUUCCUCCAAAAGAUUUCCAACAAAUGAUGACCCUUGUGUAGUUAACUGCUGCAAAAGCUUCGAUCACUAGCGAUUCCAUCCACCAUUUCCAUGGCACCCGUUGCAGCUCUGAUUACACCCACCAACACAGCCGGCCCAAUGGUUCACUGACAUUGAGAGCUCCAUCAAAAUUGACUUUUGGACAAAUCUCAGAGGUGGCAGCUUCCACUUUGGUUGUUCUCUGCUCCUGGGCCUGAUAAGCAAGGCCUGCAGGGGGGCCAAAGAGAUCAACAAGGUGUACGAAUGCGGUGCAUGUUGAUAGUUGAGAGGAAGAAAUCGAUGUGAGAGAGGGAAAUCAAUGGAGGAGGCAAGCUGGAAUUUGAUCAAUCCGUUCAGUCUGCUGUUGGCUUCGUUAGGAUACUGUUAUUUCUUGCUCACUAGAAUCCCAUUAGGCAUACUGAGGUUCAUGUUUCUCCUACCCAUAUUCUACCUCUUCUCCAUUCUUCCCUGGUAUUUCCCAUCCGCCUUACUUAGAGGGAUUCUAUCUUUCUUUAUCACAUGGAUUGCUUCUUCCAAGCUCCUCCUCUUUUGCUUCAACCAGGGUCCUCUCGUCCACUGCCAAAACUUUCUCGAUUUCAUUGCCAUCUCCAUUCUUCCCAUGAAAAUCAAAGCACAACCAACUUCUUCAAGAUCGACCAUGGGGCGGUACGAGCCCGUCCAACUUUUCAACAAGCCUUACUUAGCAACAUCCUUACAAGACUUCUGGGGCAGGAGAUGGAACAGGUAUGCUUCGAAUAUUUUGCGGGAAACGGUCCACAAGCCGACCCGAAACAUGUUAACGAGUGUUGUUGGGGUUGAGCCGGCCAGGGUGCUGGCUUUGAUAUGCUCCCUUGUCGUAUCUGGAGUCUUGCAUGAGAUGCUCUUUUACUACAUCACGUGUGGGAAGAAACCGACAUGGGAAGUCACCUGGUUCUUUGCUCUCCAAGGAUUGUCCAUGGCGUUUGAGGCUGCGUUGAAGAAGUGGGUUCGGACCAAGGGUUGGACAGUUCACCCUCUUGGUUCAGUCAUAUUGACGUGUGGGUUCGUCGUGGUCACGUUUUAUUGGUUGCUGGUUCUGCCGGUUUGGAGGGACGGACGAAAUUCUUGUGAUUGCUAACAAAUUUAGUUUCUUUCCUUUCUUUAGAACUUUGCAUGGGCUCAAACAGUCAAACUACUUUAAUCUGAUUAUACUCUUUUUAUUAUCAGAACAAACUGAAUUUAUUGAUAAGAAUAAAAAAAGUAAAAUAUUUCACGUUUUAAGUUUUAAUUAAAAUUUUAAGUGAAUUUAUUAAUUUUUAAAA